UGCAUGCUUAAUAGUUACCGUAGGGUGCAUGGUAUUCCGUACUUGAUAGUCUGUGCCCAUGCCUGCGUGGUCAUUUGGCUUGGUUGCUACUUCUGUCUGUCACAUCCGUCGCAUCCAUAGCUUUGCCUUUCCUAUGAUCUCAGAGUGUGUGCUGGUCAAGGUCGUGCUCGCCGGAUAUAACUCGAAUGUAACGCCGUUCAGCAUAGUACGAUCACUGGGCCAUCUGGGCCCUAAGUUCAUCAAGGGAUACGCCGGGAGACGCUUUACAACGCUGGACCCGGAAGAGGCCAAGGCUCUGACCAAGUACAUGUACCACACCGCAGCGCUGCCAGGGUCAGGAGAGUACGCGCUGAAAGCAGUGUUCUUACCAGGCGACGGAGGUGUUUACGGCGUGAUACCUUUGGGCCAGAGAUUGGUCCAGUUAGCAGAAACCAACACGCCUGUGUCCUUUUUCUAUGGGGCUGAAGAUUGGAUGAAUGUCAACGAUGCUCGCGAGAUAG